AUGUCCGUUCCUCUUACCUUCAUCCACUCUCUCCCUGCGCCUCCGUCCGGUAUCUCCCUCGGAGACCAACUCGCCGAACUCGUCACCGACGCCGGACGUGUCGAGACAUUCCUCGACUGCCUACCGUCCACAUCUCAGCCUGCGCUAUGGUAUCCCGACCCCCAGCGACCCCCUCUCACACACGCCGACCUCCGCGAGUUCGUCUCGCACUUCGCGCUUCCCGUCUCCGACCCUUCGAAGCGCCUUGGCCCCAACGACCGCGUGAUGAUCGCGCUCCCCACCGGGUGCGAGAACGCCGUCGCCCUCAUCGCUCUGGCGACAUAUCACACCUGCGCGCCCGUUAACGCCAGCUGCACGGCUGCCGAGCUUCGGGAAGACGCAGAACGACUGGGCGUCCGCGCCGUGGUGACCACGCGCGAUGCGGCCGAGCGUCUCGAGCUGCGGGAGCUGCGCGAGCACAUCGGGUGCGAAAUCAUCUUCGUAGAACAUCAUCUUGGGGGGCCGGUGGGUCUCUUCGAUAUGGUUGUCGACAACGCGGAUGGCUCGUUCGGCGUUACGUUACCGCCCUCCAAGCCGCACGGCCUCUACGAUCAGUCUCUGGUCCUUCAUACCUCUGGAACGAGCGGAAAGAAAAAGGUCGUCCCUUAUGCGCUCCGAUCAAUCAUUAUCGGCACGUUGGCCGUCGUCAAGUCCUGGGACCUGCGCGAGUCGGACGUCAACAUGAAUAUGAUGCCUCUUUUCCACGUCGGCGGUAUCGUCCGGAAUCUCUUCGCGCCUAUGAUGUCAGGAGGCAGCGCGAUCAUCGCCUCCGGGUUCGACGCCAACGCCUUCUGGGAACUUGCGACUGGUCUUGGAGCGACAUGGUAUUACGCGGCGCCCACGAUGCAUCACGCCAUCCUGUCCGCGCAACCUUCCGAUAUCGUCCCCUCGAAAGACACGCGGAUUCGCAUGAUCUGCAAUGCUGCGGGCGGGCUUCUCCCCGCGCUCGCUAUACAGCUCAAGGAAACGUUCAACGGCGCUGUCGUUCUUCCAUCAUACGGAAUGACGGAAUGCAUGCCCAUCGCGUCCCCGCCAACGACGUACCAGCUCGAUCGUCCAGGGUGCUCCGGCAUCGCAUGUGGACCUUACAUGUCCAUACGUGAUCCUUUCAACCUCGAGCGCGAACUUCCGCGAGGUGCAUAUGGAGCGGUGUGCGUACGCGGCCUCCCAACGUUCGAUGGUUACGAGAAGGACAGGGACGCUCCCCUUGACACUUCGGCGUUCUCUAGCGAGGGUUGGUUCGAUGGAGGCGACAUGGGCACCAUGGACGAGGAUGGUUACCUCUUUAUCUCGGGUCGCUCGAAGGAGAUCAUCAACAAGGGCGGCGAGGUUAUCUCACCGUUCGAGAUCGAGGAGGCCGUCACCAACGUCGCCAAACACCGCGUCAAGAACACCCUCGCGUUCUCUGUCGAGCACGAGGUGCUUCAGGAGACCAUCGGUCUUGUGGUCGUUCCCGUCCCCGAUCAUCCUCGUAUCGGCCUCGCGGAGCUGCUGGAUUUGCUCCGCGAUACGCUUCAUCCGUCCAAGUGGCCCUUCACCAUCGUCUACAUGGAAGACCUUCCGAAGAACAACGCGGGCAAGCCGUUGCGUAUCAAGCUCGCACCGCGCCUGGGCAUCGGGCGCCUGCACGAUGGUGUACCUGCCCUGCAUCGCCAUUUCUCCGCGUCGGUUCCCGACAAGAACUCUCCUCUCACCGAGCCUAUUCCAUGCCAGCGAGUGACCGUCGACCUCCAGCUGAUCGAACGGGCCGUCAACGAGAUCAUCGGCGUCGACGAAGUCGCCGUCCGCAUCCAAUCCGACCAUUUGCUCGAAGCUUUCGUAUCCGUCGACCCGGAGUCGGAUUUGACUGGCUCCAGCAUCAAAAUGGUGCUACUCGCUAGUUUGCCCGGAUACUGCAUCCCCGAGCCCCUCUACGUUUUCAAGAAGCCGCUCGCGAAGGCCGAUGGCGCGGUGGACUUCGUGGCCAUGGAGCAAGAGAUCAACUCCCAGAACGCGUCUGCCAUGUCACCCAACGCGCUCCUGAUCCGCGAUAUAGUCGCGGACUUGCUUAGCAAGGACGCGGCUACCAUCGCGGGCGAUUCCGACUUCUUCCUCAUCGGAGGCAACUCGCUGCUGCUGGGUCGGUUGGCGUAUCAGAUUCGCAAAGACACGGGUAACAGCCUCAAGGUGUCCGAUCUAUUUACCAACAGCACCAUCAACGGCAUCGCCUCGCUCCUCGUGAUUGAUGAACCGACGCCCAACACUCUAGAGGAGAACACGGAGAAGUAUCCUGAAAGCAUAUCCGAAUACGACGUACCUGAUCUGGAAUACGGCGGCGCGGAGUACAAGGAUCGUCAUCGAGGCCAAAAUCAUCCCAUAUCUCUUAUCGUCCAGGCCAUCCCCUCGCUGUUCUUCUAUCCGCUGAAGGCCGCCUGGGCGUGGACGAUGAUCCUCUACGUCCUGUCGCUGGUUGUCGAAGUCAUCUCCGACAAUUACUGGGAGAGGGUUGGUUCACUGCUUGCCGCCAUCGUCGCUGCGCGUUUAUCCUCGCGUAUCGUGUCGCCCAUCGCCGCCAUCCUCUUCAAGUGGAUCGUGAUCGGAAAGUACCGACCCGGUCGUUAUCGCAUGUGGAGCGCGUAUCACCUCAGGUGGUGGAUCGUCAAUCAAUUCCUCCGGUCGGCAGGUCGCGGCGUCUUCGCGAUGCAUCCGUCUUUGGAGUUGCUCUACUUCCGGCUACUCGGCGCCAAGAUCGGCAGGAACGUUAAGAUCCACAACAGCGCGAAGCUCAGCGAGUUCGAUCUCAUCCAUAUCGGCGACGACGCUUGCAUCGACCGCGCGCUGAUACGCGGAUUCUGUGUGGAACGCGAUGGCUAUAUGCGUUUGGACUUCGUGACGAUCGGACGCCGGGCCGUCAUCAACACAUAUACCCAGAUUUCGCCUGGCGCGGACGUAGCAGACGACGCCGUCUACGGUCCUCAUUCGUCGUCUCACGAAUCGCCGCUCUCCGCCUCUCACGCGGUCUCGAAUCGUAACCUUCACCCCCAGCCCCGCGCGCUCCUCAAGAUCCUUGUCGGAUGGCCGCUCAUCUUUGUGGUCACCGUCCUAUCAUACGUUCCUUGGUUCGCGAUCUUGUGCGUCAUGAUCUUGACCACGGAUCUCAUGGCACAUGCCCAACAUCCUUUGGAGGCCGUCAUCGAGUGGUUCGCGACUCCGAAGCGGGUCCUCUGGCACGUGGUGGCUCGCGUGGUUCGGGUCGUCUUCGCCCCGAUCAUCCAGGUUAUUCUGGGCAUCGCGCUCAAGCGGAUCAUGGGCCUGACGACUGAGCAUUCGGUCGAGCACACCACUCAGUGGACCUUGCUGCGCAGGUACAUCAAUGCGUCGCUGCUCUCUCAGCAUACGCUCAAGCACGCAUUCGACGUCUUUGGCACCCACUACGAAGCGACUUCCAUGGUUUUCCGGGCCAUGGGCGCGAAGGUCGGGAAGCGGGUGUACUGGCCAGGCAGCGGCGUCUACUGCCCAGACCCCGAACUGCUCGAGAUCGGUGACGACGUCGUUUUCGGCUCGCGCUCCGAGUUGUUCACCACGGACGCCGAAGGCACGGGCAAGAUCACCGUCGGGGCCGGAGCCAUGAUCGCGGAUCGUGUGGUCUUACUUUCGCACACCUCCGUCGGGCGCAAAACGGUCAUGGGUUCGGGCAGCCUCGGCGCUCGCGGAGGUGUCUACCCUGAUGGAUCGACGUGGAUGGGCAGCGAAAACGGCGAGGCCGUUUGCUUCGCCAAGGGGAAGGUGCAGGAAGACGAGGAUACCAUCACGCCGUUUGGCCGGGCAUUCUACAAGCGUCAGGCCGAGUUCUUCGUCUUCCCGUAUUGGCUCUUGACCAUCGUCAACCUCUUCGUCGCCUCUCUCUCCGCCGCCUUCUGGUCGGUGCCGGCCAUCUCGGGGGCGCAGUUCCUUGUGCUCUUCCGUCGCCACGCUCCCCACCUCCACCUUUUCGAGCCCAAUUGGUACAACAUCGCCAUCCUUUUCGGCCUCAUCUCCAUCUUCUUCGUCGUCGUCCUGUUUAUUCAAUCCGCGGCCGCUAUGGCUUGGGUCAUUGCCACCAAGUGGAUCGUCAUCGGCCGGCGUCGCGUGGGCCCUUGCGAAUGGGACAAGAGCUCGUACUGUCAGCGUUGGCAGCUUCACCUGACGCUCAGCCGCGUGCUCAGCCGCGGCCACGGGAAUGGCGGCGUGCUCGCUUCCUUGGCCGGUUCCGCCUACAUCGUCUGGUACUACCGGGCGCUCGGAGCUGUCAUCGGCAAGAACUGCUCGAUCUGGGCCGGUGGCAAGGUCGGCCUCAUGACCGAACCCGACUUGAUGGAGAUCGGCGACAACGUCUCUCUCGACGAUUGCUCGGUCGUCGCCCAUAUCAACUCCCGAGGCAAGUUCGCUCUCAAUGCGUUGAAGAUUGGCAAUGGAUGUGCCCUUCGCGCCGGCAGUCGCCUGCUUUCGGGCGCCAGCAUGUGCGAUUAUUCCAUGCUCAUGGAGCAUAGUCUCCUCACUUCGGGCGAGAUCGCCGAGGAGCACACCGUCUACGUCGGGUGGCCGGCGAGCCCCAUGGGAGGCAUCGAUGCAUCACCAAAUCACUAG